GUUCGCGACGGUAACGACGGCGUUUAUUUUGUUUAUUUUUACGUUGCAUUGCAAUAAAUAUAAACAAAAUUGAAAUUGUUGACUUUUGUGCGGUGGGGGUAAAUCGAGCCGUUUUUUUUGAAAACUAGCCCAAAAAGGAUCAGUAUUGCUUUGAAUUUGAUGGGUUAAAUAAAUGGAAUACGAAAAGUGCGAGGAAACUGAAGAGUGAAAAUGGAACGUUACGAGCAGUUGUCGGUGGUCGGGGAGGGUUCUUACGGGGUCGUCCUGAAGUGCAGACACCGGGAAACGGAUCAGAUUGUCGCGGUGAAGAAAUUCCUGGAGACGGAGGAGGAUGCGAGCGUGCGGAGGAUGGCGUUGCGCGAAAUCAGGAUGCUGAAGAAAUUACGGCAUGAAAACCUCGUGACGAUGAUCGAGGUGUUCCGUCAUAGGAAACGUUUCUACUUGGUGUUCGAGUUCAUGGAUGGGACUGUUCUCGAUGAACUGGAGAAGACGAACGGUGGACUCGGUGAAGAUAAAUCGCGCGAGAGGAUAUUUCAAGUGUGCCGUGCCAUCUCGUACAUUCAUUCAAAUAAUAUUAUUCAUAGGGAUGUGAAACCUGAGAACGUUUUGGUCUCUUCUUUGGGGGUGGUGAAGCUGUGCGAUUUCGGGUUUGCAAGAUUGGUGAGCAGCGCUGGAGAUCCAUGCACUGAGUACGUCGCAACUCGCUGGUAUCGCGCGCCUGAGCUUCUCGUCGGUGAGCAACAGUACGGAGCCGGAGUGGACAUUUGGGCAAUCGGUUGUCUCUUCUCGGAGAUGAUCACCGGUGAUCCUCUAUUCCCCGGAGAAAGCGAUAUAGAUCAGCUCUAUUUGAUAGUCAAAACCAUAGGUAAACCUUGCCAAAGACAUCAACAGUUAAUGUCGAAGAAUUCUCAGCUGAGAGGAAUGAUACGAUCCGCAGCGAACGACGCUAAUAUUCUCUACAAGAAUUUCUCGGCGUGGUCGCUUCUCUCUUUAGAUUUCUUGAUCGCUUGCAUGAAGAUGGAUCCGCAGGUGAGGCCAGCUUCCGAAGAUCUCCUCAAACACAGCUACUUCACGCACGACAAGUUCCCGCAACGUUUCCUCCCGGCGCUCCGCUCCAAAGUGUCCACGGAAUUCAGCUCGAAUCCGCUGCUGCGGAAGUACAAGACGGAAAUCCUGAUGGCCACGGAUAAAACGGACGAGACUAAAUUAAGACGUUCCUCGCAAGCUGAGGUUCCGCGUUGGAGGUUGAGUUUGGUGGAGGGACGCACCAAGAGGAAGUUUAGCUGCGACAACGCGAAGACUUAUACGCAGAAAACCGGGUUGACGUUCUUGAAGCAGCAGCAGCAGCAGCCUCCGGCCAUUCGCGUGGACAGUUUGGAGAGGAGCAUCGAGAAUUUGAAGCAGAUCUCGUUGAGGCCAACGUCUGAACGUAAGAUGACUUUGGAGAGCGGUUACCAAACGCAGUAUCAGUCGUUGCAGUCCUUCACGGAGAAGUCCUCGUCUCAGCAGGGAAGUCUGACGUUUAAGGAGCCCAAGAAGAGUCCGAACAUUAUACAGAGUAUACACAAUACGUCUAUUAAGGGAACGUUCAAUCAGGUGCCGUUGAUCACGCCGCCCAGGGAAUCGUUCAUGAAGAGAUUGGCCAGGAAUAGUGAUUCCAAUUUGAACUUUGAUCCUCUCUUAAGUUUGGGAUUGAAUAAACCGGCGUGGAUCAGCAAGAAGACGCCGCCCAAGAAGGAUGAUUUUACGUUACCCGAUUUACCUGGAGCAACGAGCAGUCCGCAGAAGCUGAAGCGAAAACAGAACCUGGACUGUAGCCCGGAUCAACCGCUCGUGACGCCGAGGAUCGGUUCGAACUCCUCCGAAAAGUCCGGGAAAGUUUUACCAAUGAUGUGACUGAUUCAGCAUUUCCGCAAACGCAACCAACACCACCAUCAUCAUCAACAAACCGACCACAAGAAGUAGUGUUUCUUUGUUUCAUUUUGUUUGUUGUUGUUGUUGAAACCGAAAGAGAAGCGUGCAGAAUGUUGUGUAUUUUUGCGUCGAAGAAAUCGUGAUAAAUUUCUUUUGUAUUAUAUAAUAAACUAUGUAUAUACAUCGAGGUUGCUUUUACAGGAAGUGAGGUAUAAAAAGGCGAAACGGAAGUACAAUUCCGAAAUGACUCUAGUGAGGAUCCACUGACAAGGAAAAGAAAACGUCGGUGGUGUUUGUGCAGAUUUUUGGA